AUGGAUAUACGUCUCCCUCCCCGGGCUACAGCUGGCCCUCGACAAAACUUGCCCAUCUUUAACCAACUCUGGGCCGCCCAAAAACUUCGGUCUCUCCUCUCUUCCUACCGCGACCUAUUGUCACCACGGCAGUGGAAAGAAUUUCUGCACAAAACCCCCAGUGUCGCUUACUACGACGCCUCCCAGCCAUCCAACGCGGAACCUGAGGUGAACCUCGAACUCCUUGAGGCCGCAGUGACCGGUGUGCGGGCUGCCGUGGCCGAAUGCCGCUACCAAUUCCGUAACGAACGUUGGAACUGCAGCCAGGUCCUUGAAACGGACAACAACGCCCUCUUUGGAAAUGUGCUCAUGAAAGGCAUUCCGGAGACGGCUUUCGUCUACUCCAUCGUCAGCGCGGGUCUCGUGCGAAGCGUGGCUGAAGCCUGUCUGAACAAUAUUCGCAACUGCCCCUGCAAUAACCGCGGUCGGACGGAGACUGAGGCCGGUUGGCAAUGGGAGGGCUGUGAUCACAAUAUCCACUACGGUCGGCGGUUCACCCGGAACCUGCUUGAUCAAAUGGAAAACGGAUUCCACAUUCGCUUUCUGAUGAAUUUGCACAACUAUCGCGUUGUUUCCCAGAAUAUGCAGAGGUACUGUCGUUGCCACGGAACCAGUGGAUCCUGCACAAUGAAGACCUGCUACAGACAGACGCCCACAAUGAGAACCAUUGGAAACCAACUGAAACACAUGUACCAGGAGGCCUCACAAGAGUUAGUCUACUUCGAGCGUCCGCCCGAGGACCUCUUCUGCAACGCCAAUCCACAUCUCCAUCUGACCGGAACGCUUGAUCGGGAGUGCAACUCCAGUAUCAGCGGACCACAGAACUGUCGCUCACUGUGUUGUGGUCGCGGCUACCGUACGCAACACUACUACAGUCUGGAGAACUGCGAUUGCAAGUUUGUCUGGUGCUGCCGAGUGGAGUGUCGCAAGUGCCUGGUUCUGAAGAAAGUGGAGACCUGCCUUUGA